CGCUACUUUCACUUCUAGACUUACUUCAACUUUGCACGCAAUGUCGGAACUAGUGACUGUCCCGGAUGUGACACCAACUCAGGAUCUCGCAUGGUCUUCUCUUGUGAGUCGGAGUAUCGCCGCUUGGAACGACCUCAGGCACGAUGGGCAGCCCGUCCGCAAAGACCUCAUUGAGGAGUUGUUAACCAUGUAUGAUUCCCUAGACGAGUUCCUUGCUGAGAGUCCCAGAUUGGCCACUUUUUGGUUCUUCCAAACACGACGUGCUUUCAUGUCGCAAAACCGCUUCAGGAAGUGGUCCCGUGAUGCCCUGGACGACUAUAUUCUCAUACCUGCCAUGAACGGCUAUGUUUGGCGGACAGAUUGCUUUUUCGUCAGCCACUUCUGGCGUGAGAAAGACAAUCCUGAUCCAAAUGGGGAGACCUUACGCCUUCACCAAGCCGAACUGGAAGCGCAAACAUGGUCGUACAUCUGGGUGGACUGGACAUGCAUGCCUCAGCAUCCACGAUCACCACCAGAAAAAACGUACUUCUACCAUGGCUUGCGAACUAUGUCAGGCAUCAUCCGCAACACUGGCUUCACAUACUUUUACCCACCUUUCAAGCCGCGCCUGUGGAUAUUGUAUGAGAUAGCCGAAUUCCGUCUCACAUGCUCCGGAAAUAUCCCAAAGACACCCGACAUCGAAUUAUUCCUCCAGCAUAUCGACGAGAUGAUCGAAGAAGGGGUCCAGAAGACGCUAGAGAAGCACCAUUAUCAUUGUUAUAAAGACCAUGAUAGACAGUACCUAACAUCCUGGCUGGAGCUGCUUGUUCUUCUUCGACAACUAAAGCUCGAUGUUCAUUUCGUUCGAAUGAUAAUGGACAACAUGACAUAGCAUUCAAGUGCAGGCUCGCUCUUUUAUCCUGGGCUAGAACUAGAACUGAACAAGUAUAAAGGUUCCCUGGUAUACCUUGAUAACAAGCAUACCUUCACGCCAUCUCCGAAAUGAACUAGAAUAAAGAACCGGACUCUUGAGAGCUCGUAGCUCAGUGCUGUGCGGUAUGGUAGCAGUAGUAUGCCACUGGAAGCUUAGCGGCCAUGACAUCGAAGAGUGAAAGAUUUGAGCGAUUUCCGAAUCUGGGAAGCACAGAGU